AUGGACCUUGAGGCCGCAUGCGAGAAAAGACUUAUGCAGUUGAAUGAGUUAGAUGAGUUCAAACUGCACUAUUAUGAAAAUGCUAAGCUAUAUAAAGAAAAUACAAAAAGAUGGCAUGACAAGCAUAUCAAGCCACGUCACUUCGAGCCAGGCCAACAUGUAUUAUUAUUUAAUUCUAGGCUACAACUAUUCCCUGGAAAGCUAAAAUCGAGAUGGUCAGGUCCGUUUGAGGUGGUGAGAGUCACGCCCUAUGGUGCAAUCGAGCUACGAGCUUUAAAUGGUGAGAGGAAAUUCUUGGUGAAUGGUCAUAGAGUCAAGCAUUAUUGGGGAGGAAUGAUUAAUCGUGAGAAGACCAAGGUUGUACUCGCUGAUGAGUAG